CCGCCGCUGCCUUCUUCGUCGCAUCCUUGUUCCGCCACCUGGAUCCUUUCCUUGUCCCGUCACGUGGGUCCAGGUCAUUGUAGAAGGAAGGGUUGGAGUGGGAGUGAGGAGGGUAUGGCUAGCUCGAGCAACAGGACGGGCCGAGAUGGUGCCACGUCACCCGCUCCUAAGCCCGUGGUGAUCUUGCAUGAGCGGGAUUUCAGCGGAUCAGGGGGAUCGGAGAAGGGAGGCAGUUCGAAUCCAGAGGCAGGUAGCAGUUUGCAAGAUCUGGAUGGUGUGAGGGGGGCGCUAUAUAAGAGAAAAGACUUCCUGGCCACGGACGAAGCCGCCAAAUCUCAUCCGAAUAGAACUUACUAUUAUCGGAAGAACGACGAUGACGUGGAGAAACUGAUAGCUGUGUGUACGCAGAAGCUUGAGACUCACGCUGGCAAUGCUCGAGCGCUAUUCAUCAGGGCGUCAGCGUACGCAAAGAAGGGUGACCUGACAGCGGCAAUUGAAGAUUACACGGAGAUCAUCAGGGAUGACCCGGCCAAUCAGGAUUCGCUCUUCCAGAGGGGUUCGGUCUGGGAAAAGCUCGGAAAUCUCGACGCGGCCAUUGACGACUUCACCAAGGUGCUGGCAUUGAAUCCGGCGAACAAGAAGGCGGCAUUGCAGAGGGCUGCUUGUCAGAAUCUUAAAGGCAAUCUGGGAAACUUAGAGCUAGCAAUCAAUGAUUAUGAGCUGGCAUUGAAGGCCGACGAAGACAAGAGCAGCAAGGUAUCCUCUUUCCUAAACAGGAGAGCCCGUGAUGGGUCAUCAACAGCUGGUGGGUCGGGUUCCAGGUCUUCUGCUGCAGCUGCUAGCCAGACUUCCAGUUUUGGUCCAACCUCUGCUUCGGCAACCUUGUCCAGGUCCCGAAGCAAGGGUCGAUCUCAAGGGGGAGGAGCCCCCUCAUCGUCUUCGUCAGCUUCGAUUUCCCGACAAUCUUCUUUCACCUUCACGUCACCUCAGUCAUCCACCAUAGCCACUGGCAGAGUCCAGUCCUCACAGCCAAGCAGCAAAGACUCAGCAGAAGCAGCCGCAGCAGGAGGAGGAGGGGGUUCACAGCCAUCACCAGUUGGGCCGGUAUUAGUGGACACGAACGACUUUCGAACACAGUCAGGUAGAAGUUUGCGAAAGUCAGAGGUCAGGUUUGACAAGAGAGAACAGAGGUCUGCAGAGGUCCAGCUCGCAGCUUCUACCGGUGGAGGUGGUGGUGCUGUCGUGGCAGCAGGUGGUGAUGGGGGUUGUGCCGGCUCGCAGAUGACGGCUGCUGCUGUUGCACAAAGGCGAAGCACGAGCGGGCUAGGCCCAGCGGUGUCGGGAUCGGAACAGGAGGAGGAGGAGAGGGAGGAGGAUAUGAAAGCGGCGAGAGAACAUGAAACGUCCACUCAUCGACUAAGCAAUCGCAUGAAAGAACUUGAGGAUAUGGGAGGUGAUGGGCUCCCCUUCUCUCCCUCUUCGGGUAGAGGGGGCUUGGUGGAGGGUGAUGGAGCUGGUGCAGCUGCUGUAGAAGGGGACCGAACACAAGUCAUUCCUUCUGCCGGCAGAUCUGGUUCGUUUACCGAGUCUCAGCAACGGAAGAAUGGCCAUGCCACGGAGCCUUCCACCUCGUUCUCUUCAACUGGGAUGCCAAUUACCCCUCCAACGGCGACUGCUGACUUUUUCCAUGGGCGUGGGUUUGCUCAUCGUAAAGCAUCCAAUUUCCUGGCAGCAAUUGAAGAUUACACAAGAGCGAUUGAGAAGGACCCCAAUCAUUUCAAGGCUCUCUUCAACCGGGGUUUCUCGUGGUGGGUGAAAAGGAGGAUGGGGGGGGCGUGGGAGGAUCUGCAGCCUGCCGACGACGCCACAGAAGAGUACUUCCACGAUAAGCUACGUAUUUCGCCACGUGUCUUCCGCGAGAUUACGGAAAACCUGUCGCCAUUUCUGCAGCGCCGUGUGACGUUCUACAGGGAGCCGUUGGAGCCAGACCACAUCGUGGCGUACGCAUUGUACAGAUGGGCGUCCGGGGAGACGUACGAGAGCAGCACGUGCAACUUCGGCAUUGGCAGAGCUACGGGUGUGGUGGCGGUGCGGGACGUCACUGCGGCGCUGCUGGCGGUGUACCGGGAGAAGGUGUCGUGGCUGACUGGGGUGCGAAAGGCGGUCGUUCUGCGUGCUUUCACCGACAAGGGGUUCCUUAACUGCCACGACUGUAUCGACUGCACGCAUAUCUGCAUCGACAAGUCGGCGAACGCACCUGGUGAAGACUACUUCGACAGGAAAUGACGUUUCUCAAUCAUCGCGCAGAUCGUUGUCGAUCUCGACUUACGUGUGCUUGACGUUUUCGUUGGAUAUCCGG